AUGGAUAAACCACAUCGUUCGUUCUUUCGCUCAUUAGAAAGAGAAAGGUUCUUGUAUAAAAAGAAACAUAUCGUUAUAGAACCAUCUAUAAAGUAUUUGCUAGUCAAGCUUCAAAAAGAAAAGGAAGGAAAUAUGCAUGAAAUGAAAAUGUCAGAUCAAGUGCUACCAAAUCCAUUCAAAAUACAAAACUUGCUAGAGCCUAUUGUUUUUCAUAGCACUCUCUCAUUACUAUACAUUCUUGAUAAUAGGGGCCUUGACUCAAAGUACCUUCAAUCGCAACAUGCAAUUCAAGUUGAGCAUCUUACCAAAAUAUUGAAUAAAGUUGUCAAUUUCAAGUCUAAAAAACUCAAUUUAGAACAAAUCAUAUCCCAGAUUGAACAAGAAGAAAGAAUUCUGUUAGAUACAAUAGUCUCUAACCUUCUAUCAAAGUUUACAGACACUGAAUUUUCAAGCAUUACAGAUAAUGUCUUUGUAGAAUCACUAAAGAUGGCUGUUCUUUGUUUCCUAAUUUUAUCCAAAAGAGCAUAUAAACAACAAUAUUCUGUUGACAAAGACCUAAUACCAUGGAUGCUUUCAAUAAUGGCUCCUGGUGUUAGUUCAAGUUGCGAAUCUUUGAGGAAUCUCUCCAGGAUUCCUCCAUGCAUAACUUCAGACAUAUUACUUCGUACUCCUAUGUCUAAAAAUGAAUAUUAUCUACAGGCUGAUUUAUGGCUUGAUUUUAUGAAAGAUAUAGGAUCAGCAUAUCAUAAGAGAAUAAAGCAUUUAAAGCUUUGUAUAAAUAAUUUGAUAUUCUAUGGGAUUCAAUACGAUUCACACAAAUUACCGGAACUAAUAUUCAGAACCCUCAAUUUCUUCACAAGUACUAGUUCAGGAUACCAAUUUCUGCUUGUGUCUCCAGAAUUUCUCAACGGGAUAAUAUGGAAAGUUAUUUUUGAUUAUUUGAGGAGUUCAAUAACCUCAAAACCUAACAUUAUGACAAAUAUUAUCAAGACUCAGGAGGUCGUGGUUCAGUUUCUCUCUAAAGUUGGAGACAAGAGAGAAAAAGUGCAUUCUAAAUUGAAUAUUGAAGGUAACAUGGGAAUAGUUUUAGCUAUAAAUAAUGUAUCUCAAGAAAAGUCGGAAAAGUUAUUCAAAAUAGCUGAAAAAAAAUUGAUGCUUUCAGAUUCACAUCAUUCAAUUUCAAAAUCUAUGGUAUCUUUUCACUUUACUAGAAUAUUUCUUUCUAUCACGCCUGAAGAACUACUACAUAAUUUCAACAGCGGGGCGUCGGAUCAUUUUCAAUCUGCCACACUUUGGCUAGGCUUUAUCAAAAAACUAAAUGAGUUUGGUUUACUUAAUGAAAAAAGGUCUAAAAAGAUUCUUCUAGAGCUAGUAAAUAAUAAAGAAAGAAUUUUAAUCACAAAGGACAUCAUAUUAUUACUCUUACAACCAAUCAAGACACUACGUGAGAUAGACGAAUUCAUAUCUAUUUUACAAACAAAAACCGAUUCCAAUGAAAAAGGCUCAUUAUUGGCAAUGGCACAUUCAAGUUCAAUUUUACCGAAAUAUUUAACAAUCCUAUACAAAAACGUUCAUUUAAGAAGUAUGCCUCAUCCCGAAAUGAAGUAUCCUUGGGAUAGGUAUCAAAAAUUGCACCCCAUAACUACUAUCAAAGAUUCUAAAUCACCUCAGAAUUUCAAGAAUUUCUCAUCAAUACUUUCUUAUGCACGAUAUUUGUACGAUACGGGGUUCAAAAAGAAGACAUCCAAAAUUGUUGGAAUCAUGCUUAAUGGUGAAGUAAACGUUCAGCCUGAGCACAUAUAUGACUUGUACAAACUGGAAUUAUUUGAAAAGAAUAAUUUCAAUCCUGACGAGUCCUGCUUGGCUGCCUUAAUUAAAGCAGCUAUGAGACAGAGUGACAGAAAUGACAAGAGUUCUUGUUUAAUGUGGGGAGAUAUGUAUGCACCUCAAGUCGCAAUCCAUGAAUUCAAGCAACAUGUCAUGACUGAAGCUUUUGACAAAGAUCUCGGAAAAGCUGAUAAUGACCCCAGAGUAUAUCCUCAAGAUGACUUAUGGCAAAAAUAUAUUCAUUUACUCGCGAAAUACGACUACAUCUCCGAGUUGUCGACCAUAAUUCAAUGGUGGGAACACUUGAACUUUAAACCAAAUUAUAUUACCUUAUUGAUGCUUCUCGGUUCCUUGCCUACUGAGUAUGGCUCCAGGUAUAUCAAGCAUGUUGAAAAGGUUAAGGAGGACAGUGCCAAAUCUACAUAUGCGCACAUUGGCGAAGAUCCAAAAUCAAUAGUCCAAAAUUAUCUAGAUUGGUCGUGGCCAACUCUUGAUGAAUUAGAAAGAUUCAAAGUUAAAAAACUGAAGCUACCUAAUUCUAAUAUUCGUAUAGAUUAA